AUGGUCGCGGUCGGCGAUGGACAAAGCUCCAGGGGCUCUUCGCCCAUGUCUUCUCCGCCACAAGGGCUUUCCGAUACCAUCAGUGUCGCGAAGCCCGCGCAGCCUCAGUUUCUGCGUCCUGGAGAUGUUGCUUUUCCCCAGCUUUCUCGCUCACCACAACCACAAUCCGCUACGCCAACUUCUACAAAUACCACAAAUGGCAGCGCCAAGGCUGCACCAAUCGACCCCACCAAAAAGGUCAAACAAACUCGCAAGAGGAGAGAUCCUGAAGCCGCAGAGAAGGCUGCAGCUGCAGAGGCUCCCAAAGAAAAGAAGCCUCGCAAACCUCGCGAAUCCAAGGAUGCAAAUGUUCCGACAGCUGGCUCUCGCAAGAAACAAAAGACUGAUUCGUCGGCCACUUCUACCCCUACAGCAAACCGUCAGCCAACUCUUGGUGACUUGGUCGGUAAAUUCCAGACACCUCUUCCUCCCACUCCAAGUGCGCAGCAGACACAGCCCGUACAGAUCAUGAAGAGUGAGGAGAUCAAGCCUAUCGUUGCACCACCACCGGCUCCCGCACGGCCUGCCUCGAGUGGUCAAAGAUAUGAUCCCAUACGUGCUUCUAUGACUGUGGACCCUUACUCGACCCCUGCACACACUUCCACCGCUUCACUUCAAGUCUCACCACGCGCACACAGAGCAAGCGCGUCACCCGCAAUUGCAAGUCUGAUGAAUCCACCUGCACCCAGCGACACACUCAUGUCUCCUCCUGCAAUUCCAUCAGCACCUGCUCAGAUCAAGUCGCCUAGCGUCUCUACUGUUAUGCCGCCGCCACCUCCCGUCAUCAAUCGCCAGCCAGAAGUUCAAAUCACACCGAGCACUCUCAUAAGCAACUCACCCCAAGCAAUCUCACACCCGGCUCCUAUAGUGAUGGACGACGUUAUGGAUGUUGACGCUCACGACGAGCCAACACCAGCACAACCCAUCACUAAGCUUGCAGACAAGGAAAAGGAGAAGGAAAACCUAAAACCGGCUGCCAAAUCGACGGCUGCGCCAGUGCCAAAGGCUAAGCGUGCCUCACCACCCGCACCCACAGGCCGCGGUCUUCUUUCUGGCAGCGAUAUCUUCGGAGGACCAUCGGCAGUCACCGAGGACCACAAACGUCAUGGAGUCAACAUUGAUAUCGAGAUUCCACUCAACCCAGCAGGCAACAACACCAUCAAUAUUGCACAAGAAAUCCUGAAGAAAUAUGGCAAGAAUGCCAUCAACCCUCGUGCUGCAGCACACCGCGAACGUCUCCUACAAGUCGCCGCUGCGGCUAACCGUCUGGAACCCGGCACCGGCGACGACAUCUCUGUUGACCUCAAUUCCGAGGCAGAGAAUGACAGCAACGUCGAGAUGGGCGGUAUGGAGGAAGAAAAGAAAGGUGGCGAAGAGGAACCUAAAAAGCGCCGCCGUAGAAAGGUGGAGGACUACGAUAAGGAGGACGACUUUAUCGACGACACAGAACUGGCAUGGGAAGAAGGCGCAGCAGUGGCUAAGGAUGGCUUCUUCGUUUACUCUGGUCCUCUGGUGCCCGAAGGUGAGAAGGCUCAGAUCGAAACUUCUGCACCUUCUGGUCGCGGAAGGGGUCGCGGUCGCGGCCGCGGUCGUGGAGGUGCUACUGGAAUCACCCAUGCACAAGUUGCCGCAAAGAACGCCGAUCCUACAGCUGCAGUGACCACCCCUACAACGGGUAGAGGUAGAGGCCGUGGCCGUGGCACUGGAGCCACUCGCAAGCCGCGCAUCACCAAGGCAGACCGGGAGAAGAUGGAGAGCGAAAAGGUGCAACGCGAGCGUCAGGCUGCUUCACUUCCCCAGGCCGCCCCUCCAGCAGCCGUCUUCUUGACCCCUGCCAGUAUGGCGCAGGCUUGA